AUGGUCCGCCUCAAAGACCGCUACCUCCUAGUCAACAUCCUCUACACCGACCUCCCACCCUCCACCAGCACACCCGUACCCGUACCCGUCCCCGUCUCCGACCUCCUCCUCUACAACCAGCCCACCAACUCAGACCUCAAACCCCAAACCCUACUGAAGGACGUCCGCAACGAAGUCACCUCCUUGUUCGGCGACUGCGGCGCAGGAAAGGUGAACCACAACCUCCAGGUCAAAUACUUCUCACCCGCCACCUCAACCUUCAUCCUCCGCGUCUCCCGCGACCACUACCGCCUCGUUUGGGCCGCCCUGUCAUUCAUGCAGUCUUGUCCCAUGAAGAACGGCCGCCCCUGCAUCUACCGCGUCGUCCGCGUGAGCGGCACCAUGCGCAAGGUCGAAAAGGAGACCAUUCGCCGCGCCAGACUUCUCGUUCUCGCCGCCAAGGAGGAGCUCAAAGGAAAAAGCUCCUCCGUUUCUCUAGGUGAUUUGCUGCGCGGGGACAAUAAUAAUCAGCAGCGCACUCUUCCCAUUCUUGGAGAUCAAGAUGUUGACUCCGCUUCUGAGGAUGAUAUGGUUGAGGGUUGA